AUGGCUCCCGGCAGCCAGCGACGGUCCUAUGCCUCGCUCACCUCCCUCCCCGUACUCUCCCUAAUUCUACCGUUUCUCCUCUUUGUCCUCAGCUUUCCUUCCCCGGCCGCGGCUGCGGGUUCCGCAGUCCUUGGUAUCGAUGUCGGUACAGAGUACCUAAAAGCUACGCUCGUCAAACCCGGAAUUCCACUUGAGAUUGUUCUCACCAAAGAUUCGAAGCGCAAGGAGUCGGCCGCUGUAGCGUUCAAGCCUACCCGCGAGGCCGAUGCCUUGUUCCCCGAGAGAUUCUACGGUGGCGAUGCCUUGGCGCUAGCGGCACGGUAUCCCGAUGAUGUCUACUCGAACCUCAAGACUCUGCUUGGACUUCCUUUCGAUGCGGACAAUAAGUUGAUCAAAAGUUUCCACAACCGCUAUCCUGCCUUGCGCCUGGAAGAAGCGCCCGGAGACCGUGGCACGGUUGGCCUGCGAAGCAACAGACUGGGAGAAACCGAAAGGAAGGAUGCCUUCCUUGUUGAGGAAAUCCUGGCCAUGCAGCUGAAGCAGAUCAAGGCCAAUGCCGACACUCUGGCUGGAAAGGGAUCAGACAUUACGGACGCCGUGAUCACUUACCCGUCGUUCUACACCGCCGCGGAGAAGAGGAGUCUGGAAUUGGCCGCGGAACUGGCAGGUUUGAACGUCGAUGCAUUCAUCAGCGAUAAUCUCGCGGUCGGGUUGAAUUACGCAACCAGCCGCACGUUCCCCAGUGUUUCGGAUGGCCAGAAGCCCGAGUACCACAUUGUCUACGACAUGGGUGCCGGCUCUACAACUGCCAGUGUCCUUCGCUUCCAAAGUCGCUCGGUGAAGGAUGUGGGACGAUUCAAUAAGACCGUCCAGGAAGUCCAGGUUCUCGGAACCGGCUGGGAUAAGACUCUUGGAGGAGAUGCCCUGAACGAUCUGAUUCUUCAGGAUAUGAUCGCCAGCCUCGUCGAGGAAAAGAAGCUCAAGGACCGGGUUUCCCCGGCUGAUGUCCAGGCCCACGGAAAGACCAUGGCGAGACUCUGGAAGGAUGCGGAGAAGGCUCGUCAAGUUCUCAGUGCGAACACUGAGACGGGCGCCUCUUUCGAGAGUCUUUAUGAAGAGGAUCUCAACUUCAAGUACCGUGUCACCCGCGCCAAGUUCGAGGAGCUCGCGGAGCAGCAUAUUGCACGUGUCGGAAAGCCCCUGGAGCAAGCUUUGGAGGCUGCUGGACUGCAGUUGAGCGACAUUGACUCCGUUAUCCUUCACGGUGGCGCCAUCCGCACACCGUUCGUGCAGAAGGAGCUCGAGCGGGUUUGCGGUUCUGCCAACAAGAUUCGCACCAGUGUCAAUGCGGAUGAAGCCGCAGUGUUCGGCGCUGCCUUCAAGGGAGCCGCUCUGAGCCCUAGCUUCCGCGUUAAGGACAUUCGAGCAAGCGAUGCCUCGAGCUACGCUGUCGUACUCAAGUGGGCUUCCGAGUCUAAGGAGAGACAGCAGAAGCUUUUCACUCCCACUUCCCAGGUCGGCCCCGAGAAGCAGGUUACCGUGAAGAACUUGGACGACUUCGAGUUCAGCUUCUACCACCAGAUCCCCGUCGACGGCAAUGUCGUCGAAUCCCCAAUCCUGGGUGUGAAGACACAGAACCUCACUGCCUCUGUUGCUAAAUUGAAGGAAGACUUCGGUUGCACGGCUGCCAACAUCACCACCAAGUUCGCCAUCCGCCUGAGCCCUGUCAACGGACUUCCUGAAGUCGCCAGCGGUACCGUCAGCUGCGAGGUGGAGUCUGCCAAGAAGGGAAGCGUGGUCGAAGGUGUCAAGGGAUUCUUUGGCUUGGGUAACAAGGAUGAACAAGCUCCUCUCGGGGAGGAAGGCGAGCCCAGCGAGUCCAUCACUCUUGAGCCCGAGGAGCCUCAAGCCGCGACGACUUCCUCGGCAGAUGACGCUACCUCCACCACAACUGCCAAGGAGAGCAAGAAGAGCACCCCCGCAACCAAGCUGGAGUCAAUCUCUAUCAGCUUCACCUCAUCUCCCCUGGGAAUCCCCGCCCCCACCGAAGCCGAACUCGCUCGCAUCAAGAGCCGCCUGGCUGCCUUCGACGCCUCGGACCGUGACCGUGCCCUGCGUGAAGAAGCACUCAACGAACUGGAAUCCUUCAUCUACCGUAGCCGCGACCUAGUCGACGACGAGGAAUUCGCCAAGGUAGUGAAGCCCGAGCAGCUGAUCACGCUGCAGGAGCGAGCCUCCGAAGCCAGCGACUGGCUGUACGGCGACGGCGACGACGCAAAGACCGCCGACUUCCGCGCGAAGCUCAAGUCCCUGAAAGAGAUCGUCGACCCAGCCCUCAAGAGAAAGAAGGAGAACGCGGAGCGCCCGGCCCGCGUUGAGCUCAUGCAACAAGUCCUGAAGAACGCCAAGUCCGUCAUGGACGUGAUGGAGCAACAGAUCCAGCAAGACGAGGACCUCUACUCCUCCAGCGUCGCAGCAUCCAGCUCUUCCUCCUCUUCCACAACCGAGUCCUCGACCUCCUCAUCCACCACCACUGAAUCCUCUUCUUCCGUCGACCUCGACGAAGACCCCUACGCCACUACCUCCACCUCAUCCACCACUAAGACCGCCUCGGCCACCACAACCCCCAAGCCCAGCGGUCCCAAAUACUCCAUCUUCCAACCCUACGACCUAACCAGCCUCUCCAAGACCUACGAAUCCACCAACACCUGGUUCGAAACCCAGCUCGCUCUCCAGGAGCAGCUCACCGUGACCGAUGACCCGGCCCUCCCCGUCGCCGAACUCGACACCCGUCUCAAGGAGCUCGAGCGCGUCCUGAACCGCAUCUACGAUAAGAUGGGCGCGGCGGCAGCCAAGUCCGGAAAGGAGCAGAGCAAGAAAAACAACAACAACGGCAAGUCGUCGAAGAAGGAGAAGGCCAAGGCGCAAGAGGAGCAGAAGAAGUCUGCUAAGGAAGAAGAGCAGAAGGAAGAUAAGAAGGCUAACCGCAAGGAUGAGCUGUAA